AUGACGACCGAAAACGGAGCGAAGAGAAUCAUCGCAGAGGUCUCCGGUCAUGAUAUUGAUCAGUGGGUGCGCACACCUUCCUUCACGGCGGAAGUCGAAGAGGUAGGAGACUCCGUACUAUCUUUGGCAUUCAUGUGCCAAAAAAUGAAAAGGUUUACUGACUUUUAUCAGUCCGUCCGUGGCCAUAUUCACCAGGAACUGACUAGUUGGCUCUUCUACCGCAAACUGGGUGCUGACUGUGUCCGAAGCAACAUCUCCUUGCAUGGAUUUGCGCGACUCUGGGAGCGCUCGGCGGAAGAGUGCUUGGCUGAUUUCAAGUGGCUAGAGAAAUACCUUCUCUCACGUGGAGGACGCUCGAAACCUACAUCAAUUGAAGCUACUAAGUUUGAGUGGCCCGAUAACCCGAUCGAGCCAGUUGGUCCCUGUAAAGAAGCAUUCUUCGUGGAGAAGAGGUUGUUAGAGGAUCUGGAACGGCUUUGCUCGUUGGCGGAUAAGUCUGGGGACGUUGCAUUGACAGACGCCAUUCAAAGCAGAUUCCUGCGCAAGGAGACAAGGCACGUUAAAAGCCUCGGAGACCUCCUACGGCAGGUAGUGCGAGCCUCCAAGCAGCCUGGUCUUGGUAUCUACCUCCUCGACAAGGAACUACGGCGUACCGACGGGGUUGUUCCGUGGGAUAGCGGAAAUGAGCCUCGCCAACAGCAAGAUAAAACUACAGAGGUCUAA